GAGUCCCUUUGUUUUUUUUUAUUGCAGUUUCUGCUCUUUGCAUCUCCGCUUGACCUCGUGGAGGUAAUGCUUCUUCUGAAGAAAACGAGACUUGCGGUUGUAGGGCUCAACAUAUUGAAAACCAUCAUGCUGACCAUUCUCUUCUUUUAGUUAGACCCAGAGAGAAAGCUAAAAUCAAGGAAGUCCUCCCCAAUGGUCAACUCGUCAACCGUCCCUCACUCUAUGCGAAUGAUCAACCAACUUCGAGCCAAAAAUAUUGAAAACAGCCUAGUUUAGGGUGAGGGUGAAAAAGAUCCGUUCAACCUAUUCGAGAAAGAUCCAAAAUCUGACGUCGUCAUUUUCUAUUCUCUUGCUUUUUGAGGCAGUUGUUCUGAAGGCAAUCUUGUGCAAGGACAUCCCAUUUAGUAAUAGUUGCGGAAUACCAUAGUAGUGUGUGCACUUUUCUCGAUCCUUGGGUGACAAUCAUCAUGUUCUUGAGCAGGUUCCUCCUCGUUUGGGUAGUAGCAGCAUUGUCUGCACCAUCCUUUUAUUGCCAGGCCCUUCAAUUGGGUGGAAUAUUUUCAUCGGGCCGCAACAAGAACCAACCAAGAAAUGACGAACGAAAAAUCCAAGCCGCCGUCUUGGUACCAGGGUUCUUGACGGGAGCCAGUGAAUUCCAGUCUCUUUGUGACAACCUAACCGAACGUGGGUUGCCGACUGUGGCAGUCCCCAUGCCUGCAUGGCAUUGGCUGCCCUGUUUGGGCGGUCGUUCGGCGAGACCCAUAUUGGAACGCAUCGAUUUUACCGUCCAGCAUUUGAUUGCCGCAGACGGUGACAUUACCAAAGUUCCUUCCUUUCAGUAUUCGCUGAAAGAUGCCUGGGAAGAUUUUUGGACCAAUCCUGGAGGUGUGGCACAAGUGGGAGGCUCGCAGCGAGUGGACGAAUAUCCCAUAGUGGAACCACGAGGGACAUUUGAUCUGCCCGAGCUGCCACCCAAUGCCGGCAAAAUUGCACUCAUUGGGCACAGUGCGGGAGGAUGGAUCAGCCGAGCUUAUUUGAGCAGUCGAAGCUACGGUGGAAAAGCAUACGAAGGAAGUAAAUACAUUCAUUCUCUUGUCACGUUGGGGACACCCCAUCAAAGUGCUCCUGGGCCUGCUUUUGAAGGAGUCCAAUGGUGCAACGAAGAGCCAGCACCAGUUCGCUCCUUGGCCGUGGGAGGAACUGGAUUCAAAGGAGACGAAUGGGGAGCCAUGACGCAGGGGGCGUACUCGUUUUGCUGCAAUCAAGGAACGGAUGGAACGAGUUACACGGGUGAUGGCAUGACACCUAUUGAUUCGGCUCUGUCAUUUGAUGGUGCGGAACAAUUGGCGAUUCAAAAUGUUACGCACUUUUCCUGGGACACAUUUGGAGCGGAAUUUGUUGCACCAGAGUUGGCAAAGGAUUACUCAAACGGCCGUCCGUGGUAUGGCAGCAAAGGUAUCGUAGAGAAAUGGGCAGACUGGAUUGUUCAGCACGCGUAGUAUGGUACGGUACCAUCCGAUACUGUAUGAAGCGCAGCUAGUAGAUCACCCAAGAAAGCACAAUGGCAACAAUCAACAGAGCUUUGCUUGGAGCUACUUUUAUUCACCAACACUAUUUUAUCGCGCAUCAGGCACUUUGCUUCGCCCGUUUGAUCAACUCUUCGACGAAAUCGAAUGAUUCAUCAUUCAAUCGAAUCGAAUCUUCAAUCAGGUAGAGUGGCUGAUCUGAAUUAUUCCACAAACUCC